AUGCCCCCUCCGGGUCCCCCGGACCUGGCAGUGCUGGUGCUGGCCCUGGCACAGGAGGAGCAGAGCAAGGGGCACUGGGCAGGUUUCGGACCCGGUGGAAUAGGAGCCGGCAUCGGAGAGUUGGAGCACAGGCGGCAGCAGCGAAAGCAGCAGCGAAAUAUGGAGCCGGUGUCCUGCCCGGGGCUGGUGGCAUCCCGGGAGUCGGUGGAGUGGUACCCGGUGUUGGUGUUGUCCCAGGAGCCGGAGUUGGAGGGGCAGCAGCAGCAGCAGCAGCAGCGAAGGCAGCGGCAAAGGCAGGAGCUGUUGGUGAGUUCCCUGCUGUCUCGGACAGACCCAGCAGCUCCCUGCAGGACCACGCUCACUCUUGGGGCACAGAAGAGUCAUGCGUUGGUGCCAGGGCUGUGCAGCUUCACCCCCUGCGCCACCACCCCCUGCCCCAGCCCCUGGCUCCAGUGGCUGCUUGCUGGAGCUUGGGCUCCAGGGGUGCUGCCCGGGGUUGGCGGCGUCCCAGGCCUCGUGCCCGGCGUUGGUGGUGUCCCCGGCUUGGUACCCGGUGUCGGUGGUGUCCCCGGGGUAGCAGGAGUCGGGACGCCGGCAGCAGCAAAGGCGGCAGCAAAGGCAGCUAAGUACGGAGCUGGUGUUGGUGUUCCCGGCAUUGGUGGUGUCCCUGGUGUCCCUGGUGUUCCCGGUGUCCCUGGUGUCCCCGGUGUCCCUGGUGUUCCCGGUGUCCCUGGUGUCCCUGGUGUGCCCGGCGUGCCCGGCGUGGCUGGGGUUCCCGGCGUGGUGCCCGGCGUCGGAGCCGCCGCUGCUGCCAAAGCAGCCGCCAAAGCAGCCAAGUACGGUAAGCUGGGAUCUCUCCAGGGAGUGGGUGGCCUGGCUCCUGGUGUAGGUGGUCUAGCUCCUGGAGUGGGUGGCCUUGCUCCUGGCAUAGGUGGUCUGGCUCCUGGCGUGGGUGGCCUGGCCCCCGGCAUUGGAGGUGUCCCAGGGGUCGGAGCUCCGGCUGCAGCAGCAAAAGCAGCAGCGAAGGCAGCCAAAUUCGGUGCUGGGGUUGGAGGGGUACCAGGCGCGGUGCCCGGCGUCGCCGGAGUGCCAGGAGUGACACCCGGCGUCGGCGUCGUGCCUGGGGUGGUGCCGGGUGUGGGGGUACCCGGUACCGGCAUCCUCCCUGGGGCAGGCAUCCCCCAAGUAGGGGUGCAACCUGGUGCUAAACCUCCCAAAUUCGGCGUUCCCGGCGCUGGAGUCCCAGGGGCCGGUGUCAUCCCAGGUGGCCUUGGAGUCGGCGGCCUUGGAGUUGGUGGGCUCGGUGCUGGUGAGUGACGCUGGCCCCUGGCAUCGGGGAUGCAGGUCCCUGGCUGGGGACCCUCUGAGCUCAUAGCAGGUGGGGUGGGGGUCCCGCUCACCCCACUCUGCCUUUCUCCCCCCCUCCCAGGGAAGCCCCCCAAGCCCUUCGGAGGAGCCCUCGGUGCCCUGGGCUUCAGAGGCGGCGUGGGCUGCGCACAAGGGAAGUACUGCGGGAGGAAGCGGAAGUAA